AUGUCAGCAGAACAGUCAAAGAAGGAAAACACGGGGCCGCAGCGCCUGCAACCACAGACACAAUCUACAGAAAGCUCUGCUGCCCCCGAGCUCGCCGCCGCCGUGGAUGAGCUUCUCGAUCAACUUCAGAACAAGUUUGAUAACGUCUCUACCGAGGUUUUUGGAAAGUUAGAUGACAUGGCGCGACGACUCGAUGACCUCGAGACUUCGUUGAAUAGUAGUGCUCGUGAAGAUGCGGCUGCAAAGACUUGA